AUGCGAAACCAUUCUCGUUCACCGAUUCCCGAGGAUCCGCGAAAUGACACGAAAAUGAGGACGAAUCCACAAAUGAGCGUUUUCACUGGCGAAAGGGAGAAUAGCGAGAAUGAUUUUACAGUGGAUCCAAGCUCUCUGCCCGGCGUUCACCCAAUCCCGCGAGCCUUCAAUCGCUACAUUUUCUCGCAGCUCGAACCCGGGGAAUACUAUGCGAAAUCAUCCACCCAACUACUUGGCCCUUUCGCCAACGAACCCAACGAAAGCCAUUUGCCAUCGAAUGAAGAUUUCGUCAUCAUGAGGAGAAUGGCCAAACUUCCCAACGGACGAUUGGCUUUUCAAAAAGUGGCCGAGGUCAAAAAA